CACACCCACACACACACCCCGACACCUGUCCGCCCCGGCCUCACCUUCGGGUACAGUUAUAGUGGAAGAACCACAAUGUUGGCAAUCUUGAAGAAGUGUGUAGUCAAAGACCAAAAAGUAUGCAGUCUGCAUAUCAGUUUCAUCAAUCACUGGAGAAGAAGAGCAAUUAUUACCCCAAAACUAAUCCUACAGCAUUACAGUUCACUACCAGGAGAUGAUGUCAAAUCUCUGCGCUCCAUCAUCAAUCCCCCUAUAUCGAAAAUCCGUAACAUUGGCAUUAUGGCUCACAUUGAUGCAGGGAAAACCACAACCACGGAAAGAAUAUUGUACUAUUCCGGAUACACCAGAUCACUGGGAGAUGUAGAUGAAGGCGACACCGUGACAGAUUUCAUGGCCCAGGAGCGAGAACGGGGCAUCACCAUUCAGUCAGCUGCCGUCACAUUUGACUGGAAGGGAUAUCGAGUCAACCUUAUCGACACACCAGGUCAUGUGGACUUCACGCUGGAAGUGGAGCGCUCCCUCAGGGUAUUGGAUGGAGCUGUGGCUGUUUUCGAUGCAUCCGCUGGGGUAGAGGCCCAGACUCUGACGGUAUGGAGGCAAGCUGAUAAGCACCACAUUCCCCGAAUCUGUUUUUUAAACAAAAUGGACAAAACUGGAGCAAGUUUUGCCUAUGCCAUUGAGAGCAUCAGAGAGAAGUUAAAGGCAAAGCCUCUGCUCUUACAGCUGCCGAUUGGUGAGGCUAAAUCUUUCGUAGGACUUGUUGAUGUGGUGACCAAGGAAAAAGUGAUUUGGAAGCCCACAGCUAAUUCAGAUGAUGGAAAGCACUUCAAGCGAGAACUCCUCAGUGAAACAAAUGAUCCUGAAUUGCUGAAGGAGGCCGGCGAUGCAAGAAAUGCUUUAAUCGAACAAAUUGCAGAUUUGGAUGAUGAAUUUGCCGAAUUAGUUCUGGGAGAAUUCAGUGAAAAUUUUGAUUUGCUACCAGCUGAAAAGCUGCAGGCUGCGGUCCGCCGGGUGACGUUGGCUCGCACAGCAGUGCCCGUGCUGUGUGGCAGCGCGCUGAGGAACAAAGGAGUGCAGCCCUUGCUGGAUGCUGUCACCAUGUACCUGCCGUCCCCCGACGAGCGGAGCCACGAAUUUCUGCAGUGGUAUAAGGAUGACUUGUGUGCCUUGGCGUUUAAAGUUCUCCAUGACAAACAGCGUGGCCCACUGGUUUUCCUGCGUAUCUACUCAGGCACAAUAAGACCCCAGUCAGCCAUCCACAAUGUAAACGGAAACUGCACGGAGAGAAUAAGUCGCCUCCUGUUACCUUUUGCUGACCAACAAAUAGAAAUACCUUCUCUGCCUGCUGGAAACAUUGCACUAACUGUUGGCUUAAAACAGACUGCAACUGGAGACACCAUCGUCGCAUCCAAGGCCUCGGCCUUAGCGGCCGUCCGCAGGGCUGGACGAGAUCUGAGGAAGAGCCCCAAGCAGAGCGGGGAAACGGAGAGCCUUUUACUGGCAGGGGUGGAGGUUCCAGACCCCGUCUUCUUUUGCACAAUAGAGCCCCCUUCCAUGGCCAAACAACCAGAUUUGGAUCAUGCAUUGAACUGCCUUCAGCGUGAAGAUCCUAGUUUAAAAGUGAGACUAGACCCUGAUUCUGGACAAACAAUCCUCUGUGGCAUGGGAGAGUUGCACAUUGAGAUUAUUAUUGACCGCAUCAAGCGAGAAUAUGGACUUGAGACUUAUGUCGGACCCCUCCAAAUAGCAUACAGAGAAACCAUCCUAAACUCAGUCCGGGCCUCAGAUACAUUGGAUAGAACCUUGGGAGAUAAGAAGCAUCUAGUGACUGUAGAGCUGGAGGUGAGGCCUUUGGAAAGCGAAGAGUCCAGAUUAAUCCCGGUCAUUGAGUAUGCUGAACUCAUCAGUGAAGAGCUUCUUAAUGACCUUCAAGAGCCUGUUGAAAGUGGAAUUCAUGGUGCAUGCCUUCAAGGCCCUUUGCUUGGAUUUCCAAUCCAGGACGUGGCAGUUACUGUACAUUCAGUGACCCUUCACCCUGGUACUUCUUCAACUAUGAUUUCUGCUUGUGUCUCACGCUGUUUACACAAGGCACUGAGGAAAGCAGACAAGCAAGUGUUGGAGCCUCUGAUGAACCUAGAGGUCACAGUGCCCGGGGAUUACCUGAGUUCGGUCCUGGCUGACUUGGCCCAGAGGCGAGGUACUGUUCAGGAGAUACAGAGUCGGCAGGACAACAAAGUCGUUGCAGGAUCCGUCCCCUUAGCGGAAAUGAGAGGUUAUUCAACCGUGCUACGUUCUCUAACAUCGGGUUCUGCUACUUUUGCUCUGGAACUGUCGAACUAUCAAGCUAUGAACCUCCAAGACCAAACUGCGCUGCUUAAUCGGCGGAGUGGAGUGUCCUGAUCGCGGUAGCCCCUUGGACCGAGAUGCAUUUGAGGAAUCGAUUCCUACUUUAUAUUCAGUGGAAAAGUCAUGCGUCUCGGCAUGAGAAUGGAACAGUUGUGACUCUUUCCAAGAAAAUGCUCAAAGGUCCAGGUGGAAGACUGUAAGUUGCUAGUGGGGAUGUCUGUCUUAAUUGGUAUGAAGAAGUGCCUGCUGAAGUGCUAUUUACAGAGCCUUAAGUUGCAACAUAGGACCUUAAAGGAGGGUAAGGGGGGGCAUUUUCCAUUUACAGGUUUAUAUUGGCUGUGGACUUCUUAAUACAAGAAUGACCAUUGUUUGUAAAUACAGGCCUGUUGACAAUUUA